GGGGAGGGGAGGGGAUAGUUGCUUUUUUGUGUUAUUUCUGUGGAGGGUUGGUAGGUACUUAUGUAUGUGUGUGUGUGUAUAUGUGUAUGAAUUGGUUCGAUAUUAUUCGAGAUUCUUACUCCGCUUUUUUUUCUUCGAAGCUUCAAUUUUGCUUCUUCAAUUGAUUUGAGGUGGUAUGAUAUGAUCUGAUCUGAUAUAUUCAUUUCAUUUUAUUUUGAGUUGACUUGACUUGACUUCAGAUUCAUUCAAGUCUCAAUUAACACUCGACAAUAUAUAAUGAAUUUCUGAACAUACUACACAGCAUAACUCAUUGAUUGAGUACCCAUCUCCACUCUCAAAUUCCAACACAUCCAUACGUCGCAUCACCACAACUUAAUGUCGUUCCAGCCCCAAACAUCCGCACUAGAAGCAUGGAGGAGCUAUCCGGCUGUUGGCGCGAAGCCGCCCGCGCCGACGCCGUCGCAAUCGAACUCCUCAAAAUCCGCACCCAUCUAACCUCCUCCUCCGUCGCACUUCUCUCCCCCUCCUCCUCUCAUCCCCAUUCUCCCUCGCUAUCCGAUUCCCACCCCGAUUCCCCCGACAUCAGCGACUAUGAAAUCAUCACUGCGAUUCUCCGACACGUCGAACAGACAUCGCGGCUCCUCCGCGACUUGCACGAUCUCUUCCCGAUCUUUCGAUUGCGCGUUCCCGUCGUGAUAUAUUAUUUAACCGUCAUCCUACCGUGUUUGCAAAAGACGCUCCGGGAUAUGCUGGCGUUUUUGCUGUGUGAUGAUUGGUCCGUCAGAAUGAAAUGGAUGUUGAUGCAUGAACGUUUGAAUGAACAGGGGGGGAUGACACUGGCGUUGCGGUUUGUGAUGUAUGUGGAUUUUUUGGUGCAGUGUGUGAGAUUGUUGAGUAGAUCACCAACUUACGAUCCCACGACGCUGGAAUUGCUGCGCUUGAGAAUUUUAAGGUUGAGGGCUUUGAGGGGGAUUCCGGCACCGCCAAUCCCGAUACAACCACAUCUCGCUCCUGCACAACCGAAUCUGAUGGAAAUUGAGUGUCUGGGAAAGAGAAGCGAGGGUUUGGGGAAGAAUUGUAGGCAACGACGGCACUGGGCGGAAAAGAUCUUUGAUGAUCAUGCGCAACCGCUUUCGCAGGCACUUUUGAAACAUAGACGAGAAUCGAGAUGUUGGGGUCCAUCGAUGAAUCUUAUGAAGUUGGGUAUCCCUCCACAAUCAAAAGUUCUGUUUAAAUUACCCUUUGACAAAAAUCAUCUCUCCGUAACGCUCUAUCUCGACGAUACAGCACUUCAUCAAUCUCCCUAUUUACUCUGUCGCUGGAUGGAUAAACAAAAUAAUCCUCACUAUUCUUCUUUUGGGGUUCAUGAGCUAUGUAUUCGGAGACAUGGAAGUGCGUUGUGUUUUAAGAGGUGGAGAAUGGUGCUCUUCCAUUGCUCAUUCGUAGCACUGAAAGCGCGUUCCCAACUCACAAAUCUGAUACCAAGAGAUGAUUAUAUCAUUGCCGGAGAGGUGAAGAUUUUCCAAGGACAAAUAGUAGACGAUGGAUUCCACCACUCUCUCUUCGUCUACGAAAAUCAACACACCCAUACCCUACGACUUCACGCCGCAGUCGCAAAUGGAGAAUUGAGAAAAUGUCCUGUCUGGACCGCUUUUAUAACCGACCUCCAAGUCACAUCCGAUACCUGGCUCGCCCGACAUUCGCGUCAUCGCGUUUGGGUCAAAGAUUUGCAUCUCUAUGUUUUCUGCGAUGAGUAUUCGAGACGUGCGCAGGUGAAGAAACAUGGGGAGUUUGAAUUGAAUUUUGUGCAUGGGGCUGCAGCAGAUGCAUUCAUAAAUGUUUUCUACCCCCUAGAUUCCGAUUCGGAUUCCGAGUGCGCGAUUGAAGAUGUGCCGGGGAAUGCGUCGGCUGGACUUUAACAAGAUAUAUCGAGUUAUUGAAAAUUUUCGCUUUUGGUCUUGUAUCGAAACGAAGCGAAACGAAAUGGAACGAAGCUAAACGAGGAUUCGUGAACAUUUAACAUAUAAUUUGGGGGUUAGACGUCAGCUGAAAACUCAUCCUCAUCUAAGGCUUAGGCCCACCACGAGAAAAAUUGUGAUUAUCAGAUAAUCCCACGAUUUCGACUUCUCUAUUUUUCAUUCUGUGGUUGGAAUAGUGGCUUUCAUGAAGAUUAUGGAGAUUGUAAUCUUCUACGCUUCUUAUACGUUCCCCAGCUUCUCGAAAAUUCAACUUCUAUCAUUAAUUUGUUCAUCCAUUUAUUCCUCACACCGAACUUUCGAUAUUCUCUCUACCGAUUGCCGUAUUUACAGCUACACUUCUCCGUUUCCUUGACUGCUCCUUCUCUUAUUACUUAUUACUUUUUACUUCUCCAUCUUACUUUCCCACUCUCUUGAUUUCUCACUUCCUUAAACUAUUCUUAUUAACCUCGGGAAUCAAGAUGAGGAUGCACACCAGAAGGUAUCUCUGAAAAGAAGAAGAAGAAGAAGAAGAAGAAGAAGAAGGAAUAUAAAUCACAGGAUACCGAGUUCUUUUUUCAUAAAGUUGAACGAUUUGAUAUGAUACUAUGAUACUAUGACGUCAUGAUAUCAAGAGCCCACAAUACCCAGAGAAUGCGAUUUCUUUUUUGGGGAGGAGGGGGAACUCACCUUGUUCUUCGCUGUCUAUUUGAUUUGUUUUUCUGUUUUCAUUAUUUUUGGGUCAUGGUAUUGUGAGCGUGUGUUUUGGUUCCUUGAUUGAUAUCCAUGUUGGUAUCAAUGUCGAUAGCACUUGAUCCGUCGUAAAUACAUCGUAUUUGCAGGCUGCGGCUACGGAUUAUGAUUUAUGUUAGGAGGAGAUUGGACGUGAUGUGUGAUGAGGAUAUACGAAGUGGAGGUCUGAGAGUCGGGAAGAAAAGGGACUCGAGAAUCGGUGAUGAGGAAGAAAUUGUGUUUAUGUUUUAAUUGUCGUGCUAGAUGUAGUUGCUAGUAAGCUUGAUUUGAACCUGAAUUUGUGUAUAUUCUUUGAGUAUCGUAGUGUGUUUCCCUCAUUAUGUAUCUAUCUUGAAUGAUGUUUUUAUCGAUAUCUGAAGCGUCUCCGCCUGAACGAGGUUUGAUGUUUGAGGUUUGAGUUUUGAGGGUUAGGUUAUACGUCGCUUCUUUUCUUCCACCUUUUUCUUGGAAAGGGAGGA